CCUUGUCUCUCGGUGAACCGCACUCAUCCGCUCCUGCCAGUAGUGCUAUUACAAUGUCUUCUGCUGUGAUUGCCUUGCCCUCGGCGGCUCCGGCCAAAUCUCCAAAGAAGAGAGCCAAGUCUCAGAGGAAGAGGACGGGACCCACAGUGUCAGACCUGAUACUGAAGAUCAUGUCCGCGUCCACUGAGCGCGGUGGCAUGUCCCUGGCGGCCCUGAAGAAGGCCCUGAAGGCCAAAGGGUACGACGUGGUAAAGAACAAAGCCAGAAUCCUCAUCGCCGUCAAACGCUUGGUGGCCAACAAGUCCCUGAUCCAGACCAAGGGCACCGGGGCCUCGGGCUCCUUCAAGCUGAACAAGAAGUCCCCCACACCUCGAAAGAAGAAGGUGGUGAAAAAGAGGAAGCCAAAGGCUAAAAGGUUCAAGAAGGCCAGUGCCAAGAAAGCAGCCGGAGGUGACACUCCAGCAGCCAAGAAGUCACCUAAGAAAAAGAGGAAGGCAAAGAGUCCUAAGAAAGCCAAGAGGCCCACUGCAGCCAAGAAGCCCAAGAAGCCAAAGAGUCCCAAGAAGCCCAAGCGCAGGGUCGCCAAGUCCACCAGGACCAGGGCUGCUGCCAAGAAGUGAGCCCUCUCCCACUGAACACUAAAUGCCACCCAGUGCUGCAUUUAACUGUGUCUGGACUAUACUUCUGCAUUCGUUCCAAGAACUUGAGUUUGCUUGAGCCAUUUUACAGCUUUUCUCUAGUAGAAAAUACUGAACCUGCUGUUUUUACACACCCUUUUCUUGCCGCUAUCUGCCAUGGUCUGUAAUGAAUUGAA